GUCCACGUUUGGGCCGUCUGCUAGUGUAGAGGCUGGUUGUCUUCUGCGUCUCAAACUGUAUGCGUGUAUUUAAGAUCACACGUGGAUGUCAUAACUUGGACAGAAACAUCCGUUAACGUUACAACUCAUAAAAUCAAAGUGAAACUUUUUGACUGAAAUUUCCAUUGACAUUUGACAAUUUUUUUGUUCUUAUUAUCAAUUUGUGAUGGCAAUGUUAGCUGAACCAAAACGAAAAAAAAAGUGGAGUUUGAAUCCAAGAGGAAAACUAUGGUGCAAUGAUGAUACUAAAAUUGGCCAGAAGUUGUUGGAAAAGAUGGGCUGGGCUAAAGGAAAAGGCUUGGGCCGUGAAGAACAAGGAGAUUUGGAACCAAUUAGACUGAAGUACAAAAAUGAUUCUGAGGGAGUUGGUUUUGAAGUAAAGAAUGACCAAUGGAUUGCCCACCGUGAAGAGUUCAACAGCAUUCUUGAGGCCCUAAAUGGCAAAAAUAAUGUACUUGAUGAAACAGACACUACCUCAACACAGAGCUUGGAAAGCCGCUCGAAGAAUUCCAAGGCACGUGUGCACUAUCACAAGUUUACGCGAGGAAAAGAUUUGAGUCGCUAUAGUGCUGAAGACAUGGCGUGCAUUCUUGGGAAACGAGCGAACUGUAACGCUGAAGCGCAAGAAGAAAAAGAUAUCAAGAUAAAGGAGGAACCAGCAAAAGAGAGCACGAUCGGUAGUGUUGAACACAUGCACGGUGUCACAACAAUACAAAGAGGGAGUAUCCAAGAGUAUUUUGAAUCAAAAAUGGCGGCUGUAAAAGAGAAGCAGCGUAAAUUGGUCGAUUGCAAACAGGUCGAUUCUGGUCACGAAGGAUCAAGCAACAGUGACGAGGGAGGCAAAGAGGAAAAGCGUGUCCGAAUCAACGAAGACCUUAAUGUCGUCAAGGAGUUUCGUUCAAAGGAAAAAAUUUUGAAAACCGAAAAAAUGAACCCGAAAGAUGAUGCUGUCAUGAAUGAAACCAGUGAAGACGUUAGUCCGAAAAAAAAGAAAAAAGGGUUUAAAACGAAGGUUGAGGCAGAAUCUGCAGAUUUACCAUCCAAACCAUUACCAGUUACUGAAGAAAUGGUUGAUAAUUUUGAGGUUAAAAAAAAGAAGAAAAAGAAAUUUGAAAAAGAAAUUCCUGAGCCGGUGGUUGACAUAGAGCCAGCCAAAUCGAAAAAGUUGAAGAAGUCGAAAAUUGAAGAAAUUACCGCCCCUACGGUAGAAAUCAUUGUAAAUAGCGAAGGAGACCAGACACAAGACGAACCAAAAAAGAAAAAGAAAAAAGCUAAAAAGCAGGAAGAAGAAGCGGUUGAAUGUGAGCAAAGAAUUCACAAAGUUGAGGAAGAACAGACGCAAGAAGAACCAAAGAAGAAAAAGAAAAAAAGUAAGAAGCAGGAAGAAGCAAUGGAGACAAGCAAUUUUGAAGAAAUCGAACCCGUUCAGAAAAAAUCCAAAAAGAAUAAAACGGUGGAGGAAUCUGUUGAACAAGUGCAAAACGAAGAGGAUGUUCAGCCCCCCAUAAAAAAGAAGAAGAAAAACAAGAAAGAUGAACAAGAAGCUAUCGAGAAAUACACCAAGUUGGAUGACUCUUCUGUGGAAUCUGUGCAAGCAGUGCAAAUUACUGCUGGCGAAAAUAAGCAGAAUGGCCUAGAGCAAGAUGUGGAACAAGAGCCCAAAAAGAAGAAGAAGAAAAAGAGCAAACAAACGGAAGAAGAAGCUCUCGAAACAUUUCACAAGACAGAAAAUUCUUUAGAAACAACUGAAACAAAACGUAACAAAAAAGACAAAACCAAACCAAGUGACGAAAUCGAAGUUGAAUCAAUGAAAAAGAACAAGGGAACUACAAUUGAAGCUCCUAAAGUACAAGACAAGACUAAUGAAGAUGCACAGAUUAACCCGGCCAAGGGGAAGAGCGCCAAAAAAAGGAAAGCAUGUGAGAUGACUGACGAAACAGUGGUCAAUGGUAAUGAAGACGUUGGUUGCUUGCGGUUAGCUGACGGGGAACUGCACGAAAGAAUAAAUAUUGACCAAAAAGUGUGUUCUGCAGAUCAGUUGGCUGGUCAAACGGAAGUAAAGCCUGAUGACUGUGGCAAGGAAAUUGACCGAACUCAAACGAAGCAUAUCUCGGCAAUUAUAAUAGAAGCAGGAGCUGCAUGUGACAGACGUAAACUCGAAUCUAUCCAACUCAAUGACGGCUCAAGGCUUAGUCAAAAGCUUAACAGAAGGUUAAUGAGAGCCAAAUUCGACAAGUUUGUAGGGUCCAACAUACUCACCAUCACCGGAUACGGAAGUGAUGGUAAUAGCCUAAUGUAGCUCUUUGAAUUGUAUUAGGAUAUCUACGAAUGAAAUUGCUUUUUCAAUUUUCGGUUGCCAUCACUGCUGACAUCAGAAUAACAGGACGAAAUCGGAUUAUA